GCGCCGGCUACGGCGCCGCCCUGCUCGCCGGCCCCUCUACCUCGGGGCAGACGGACUGACUGCCAGCACCGCCGGAUCCGGGAUGGGCGCGCUGACGGCAGUAUUCUGAAGUCUCAGGAAGCUGGUGCGGUUAAAUGUUCAUGGCCCAUGAGAAAGGCAUAUAGGAAACCAUGGCACUCCCCUUUCAAAAAGACCUGGAGAAAUACAAGAACAUUGAUGAAGAUGAGCUUCUUGGCAAACUCUCAGAAGACGAACUGAAACAGUUGGAAAAUGUUCUUGAUGACCUAGAUCCCGAGAGCGCACUGCUGCCAGCUGGAUUUCGACAGAAAGACCAGACACAGAAAGCAGCCACCGGCCCGUUUGACCGCGAGCACCUCCUCAUGUACCUGGAGAAGGAGGCUUUAGAACAGAAAGACAGGGAAGACUUUGUGCCCUUCACUGGAGAAAAGAAAGGGAGAGUCUUUAUCCCCAAAGAAAAGCCCAUAGAAACUCGUAAAGAAGAAAAAGUGACCCUUGACCCAGAACUGGAAGAAGCUUUGGCCAGCGCCUCCGACACUGAACUCUACGAUCUUGCAGCUGUUCUUGGAGUACAUAAUUUGCUCAACAAUCCCAAGUUUGAUGAAGAAACGGUCAGCACGAAAGGCGGCAAAGGGCCUGUGAGAAAUGUGGUCAAAGGUGAAAAGGUCAAGCCAGUAUUUGAGGAACCACCCAAUCCCACAAAUGUGGAAGUAAGUCUGCAGCAGAUGAAAGCUAAUGACCCCAGCCUGCAAGAGGUCAACCUCAACAACAUUAAGAACAUUCCAAUUCCAACCCUGAAGGAAUUUGCAAAGGCUCUGGAGACCAAUACUCACAUGAAAAAGUUCAGCCUGGCAGCAACCCGCAGCAAUGACCCUGUGGCGAUUGCUUUUGCAGAUAUGCUAAAAGUAAACAAGACCUUGAAAAGUCUAAACAUAGAAUCCAAUUUUAUCACUGGUACUGGGAUCCUGGCCCUUGUAGAGGCCCUCAAAGAAAAUGACACCUUGACAGAGAUCAAGAUCGACAACCAGAGACAGCAGUUGGGAACAGCCGUAGAAAUGGAAAUUGCCCAGAUGCUCGAGGAGAAUUCAAGGAUCCUCAAGUUUGGAUAUCAGUUUACCAAGCAAGGACCACGAACAAGAGUGGCAGCUGCCAUCACAAAGAAUAACGACCUGGUUCGUAAAAAGCGAGUUGAAGGAGACCGAAGAUAAACUUCCACAAGAAGAGGAAGUUUCACCAUGGUGGCAAUUUCAAAACGAAAGCUCUUCUCCUUCUCCAUUGGGACCAUUUUAUCAAAGGUUGUUCAUUUCCGUUAACCACACAACUAAUAAUUUAAUUGUUAUUCUUUUUUAGCACUACGUAUUUGUCUUGAAUUUUUAAACAUAUACGAUUGUCCUGUUUGCUCAUGGGCACCUCUGGCAACUUGCACCAAUGGACCUAUGCAGAUCUUAGUGGGUGACAACAAUUGAAAACGGUUUAGUGACUUUCAUA